AUGGAAGAUUUCAGCUUGCAUACUACAGUCAUCAACAAUCCCUAUGAUGACGAAUAUAGCGCUGGGUCACUCGAGCGUCUGAUCUCUUUACAGAGCUUUAUUCCAGUGGAGAAAUGGCCGAAACUACGCUGUUUUGAACUAUCGCGCUUCUUAGUGACACAGUCAGAUGUCAUAUCGUUCCUUUGUGCAUUACCAAAAUCCAUCCGGUUUAUCAAGCUGAGCAUGCUGAAGUUCCUUGAUGAAGGUGGAGAUUGGCAUGGUUUGCUUGAAGAUAUGCGCACGAUGAUACGCGAAAAUACACUGUGGGCGGACAGAGAUACGCGCUCGCAACCAGCUAUUUCGAUUGGACUGAAGCUGCAGAAUCCACAGAUUGGCCGCGCAGUUUGGCUUGAAAAGGAGGUGCAAGGAUUUCUCUACGGAGGGGGAUUCCGUAUAAUUAGCGCUGCGGAGAGUUAA